ACAUAAAUACGGAAAAAUGCGUGUAUUUUCGGUAGUGAAAUCGCAAAAGUAUAGGCGAAUUAAAGACUGGCAAAAUGAAGCUUUUCGGGCUUUUUUGUGUAGUUUUCGCAGUUUACUUUGCCAAAAACGUGAGCGGGCAUGGAUAUAUGAUCACUCCCGUUAAUAGAGCCUCCUUAUGGAGAGUCGACUGGAAACAACCUCCUAACUACAAUGACAAUGAAUAUUUUUGCGGGGGAGUUCAUGCUCAAUAUUACGUAAAUGGGGGUCGGUGCGGGCCCUGUGGGGACGACUGGAGAGAACCAGUACCUAGAAGCAACGAAAACGGAGGAGUAUACGGAAAUGGAGUCGUUUUAUCCAACUAUACAGCCGGUACUGUUCUCACUGUUAAAAGCAUUUUAACAGCUAAUCACCUGGGAAGCAUCUACUUCCACAUCUGCGAACUGAAAAAUCCUACACAACCCGAAACAGAAGAAUGCUUCCAGCCAGUCUACUUAGCAGAUGGAACUUCCCACUACUCUUUACAUCCAACGGAUUACAUCUUCAAUACAAAAAUCAAGCUGCCUGAAGGGCUUACUUGUGAAAGAUGCGUCUUGAGGUGGCAUUAUCGAACAGGCAACAGCUGGGGGAUGUGUGAGGACGGCACUCAGAAUAUGGGCUGUGGAAAUCAGGAAAUUUUUCGGUCUUGUGCGGAUAUUCGCAUUGUUGCUGGCGAUGGAGCUUCUAAUGAGGCUCCAUCUGAUUCCAGAGAAAAUGAACGUUCGGAUGAUGAAGAUGAAAGUUCGGAAGGUGCGGAUGCAGAGGACGCAAAUGAAUCCAAACCAUGCUUUUUGCCACCGCAGAAUUUGCGAAAAUAAGUCAAUGUUAACAGAGUAAAACAAUUUCAAAGAAAUUUAAAAUUCCUAAUAAAAAAGCAAGUUUGUUUCUGGAA